AUGCCGAAUAAUCGUCGGAAGAAAAGUGGUGGCAUUAGCGCUCGGCGAGACUCUUCCGCUCAAAAGGAGUCCACCGUUGCCGCAAGCGUGGCUACUGCUGUUUCUGAAUCCUGUGGUACUGAAAGCCGCAUAGCCGUAAAUGGGAUUGCGAAGGAGAAGGAAGAUGACAAGCCGCUAAUGAAUGGAUCUGUUAAUCAUACCUCAAAUUUGCAAAACGGGAACCUGGCUGCUAGCUCACAAACUGAAAGCAGUGACAUCGAGUCGCUCUCGUCAGAGUCCUCCAGGCGAAAUACUAUGUCGUCCUCCGGGGGAGACCGAAACGGUACAGUUGUUCGCUGUAAAAGCAAUGAGGAUGAGCAGCGACCAGCACGGGAUACGUCACAGUCAUACUCCGUUACUUCGCAAAUUGACUAUGCUAGUGAUGAGGGAGCUGUGCGAACACCGGAAGACACUUAUCCGUGCUGUUCGUCUUCCGAGGCAGUGGGUGGUGGGGUCUCUGAAGGGUAUAUCUCAGUGAGUGGUGCAGCAUCUCAAACUGAAUCAUCCAGUGGAAAUGGCGACGGGCUUCUCAACGUUCUUUCUAUGUCGUCAUGGGAUCGUGUGGAUACAAUUUGUGAAUUAGUAUCGUUUUUGAACAUAUAUGAACUUCGGUUACUGGGUGCUUGCGUGGAAGGAGCAGCGCGACCAGCAUCUUCGACCCCUACGAUGCGGCAGCAUGAGACUCGCUCUAAUUGCCCACAGUUUAUCAGCACGAUGGCUACGGAGAUGAGCCAAAUUCCAUAUGCUCUCAAAGUAGAAGCCGCUUAUAAUGUUGUUUGUCUGCUGAACUCCACAAAUCGUCAGGGUGCACAUGCUCUAAUCCGACUCAUAGAUCAUUUGAUGACAAUCAGAGAUUUGGAAUUAGAAAUGCUUUCAACCGAUGAGGCUCGUCGUGAAGUACUCAUCAAUCUCGGCAAGCUAGUCUCUGCUUCAAUCCAUCAUCCUGCAUUUUCUGUUGAUCAGCGGAUCCGCAUGGUUCAUGCACGUGAUGAUAUCAGAAACCGAUUGGAACAACUCAUUGCGCGAAUGAACCCUCCUCCCGUACCCUCUUCUGCCUCCAAUGAUAGCAAGUCCAUCCCAGCGAGCUGUAGAAGCUCUCCAUUAGCAGGAGGAUUUGCGUUUGUGAGACGCUUCCAUGCUACGCAACCUGACCCUGACGAUCCGGACAAUUUUUUGGUUGAGAUGAUUUGGAGUGAUGGCGAACGUACAUUUGUUGGACGCACACGAAAAGAUAUCAAUACGUUACAUCAUCGUCUGCUAGAUAUGUUUGGUGAAGAGCGGCGAGAGCUAAAACAAGCUCAGGAGGCCGAAACUGAACAACCGGAAUCGGCGUGCUCUUCGCGAACCCCUUCACCUACCGCCACUGACUCGAAUGCCACUCCAACACCAGCUGUCGGCUCUUCCGCACUGCGAAUACUGCCGUAUUUUUCUAUGGAAAGUUCACCUGCAGCUGUGAUCCAGUAUAUCAAUGCACUUUCGGAUUUGCCGGCACGAAUGAUGUUAAGCUCAGUCAUCUACGAACAGUUUUUUGCUUCUCGGCUUAGCUCGGAAGAAGUUGAGGUAGCAGAACGUCCGAUGAGAAAUAAUUCUCCUCAACCACAACGAUUCCGUAAUCCUGCUUCCGCUCCUGCGACUUUCCCUGUCGCUUCUGCAGCAUUAGCUUACAGCUCACGCGGUAUAGGCAUCCAGGAGUCAAAUCCGGAGCAAAAUGACGAAAAUCCGGCUCAGGAGAAAAUACCUCAGACGCAGGUACAAUUCCCUUCAUGCAGCAAUUGCGCAGGUGCUCAUGCUUUUGUUCAGUGUCCUAAAGAUACUCCACUCCAGAAAGAAGGUACAUUUCGGCUGGAUUUUGGAGGUGGAGUUCAUGACAGUACAUGCCCGAACUGUUCAGCUGUAGCAAUGGCCGCUGCCGCCAUAGGUCCGCGGCCAACAGGAGUUGAACAUUUCCCAAAUUUACCUCCUGGCUUGAUGCCACCCCCGGCAAUGAUGCCGUUAGUCCCCGGAAUGCCGAUGUUGGCGCGGCACUUCUCACCUUACGUCUUCCGCCAAACACCACCCCCUCCGACAUCACAGCCACAUCCACAUUUAUGAUAAUGUCUGUUCUCCAUCGUACGAGCGUUUUCUCAUACCGGUAGCUAAAUGUAUGGUUGAAGUCCUGAUCCCACACAGGCUUGUCGUCACAGAAAGGCUCUCUGAAGCUUAACACUAAAGCUCUGUUCUUGUGAUAAUGCCUGCCAAAGCUGCAAGUUUCUCUUUUAUUAGACCCUAUGUUUCUUUCUAUGCAAGAUGUCCUUCAAAUUAUACUGUAGAUUUCUGUAAGUUGUACUUAAGCACAAUUUAGGUGCUCCUGUCUGAAGUAGCGUCCGUGGCUCCAUAGGUUUUCUUUGCCCGUCUCAUCAAACUUACAGUCGCAGUCAUUUCAUCGCAGCACAUAAUGUUUGCUAACUCUUCAUUUACUCAUCAUUGUGCAUCAUUGCCAAACAACGGACUUUGGCAGCCCCACUUUUUCAAUGUGAUUGUUAACGUUAUGAAUUCAUGUAUGUUCCAGAUCGUAAACAGCUGCGGUCGGAUACCACGUUUAGCGAACUGUUGUUAACUGGUCACUCUUAUCUAGUUUGUAUUUUUAUUUUUUCAACAUUUAUAUCAUCUUUGUGAUUAUGUUUAGGAAGCUCUUUUACAAAUUUCAUACUUUUGAAGCGUGCGCAUAAAUUUGUGAUGCAUUGAAAAUAUUAUACUAUACAUGUACUGAAAGUGUGAGAGGAAGAGAUAUAGC